AUGUUUCAAAGCGGCAGCAGUGCGAGGCCCAAGCUUGAACCCGCAGCUGCCGGCUCGUACCAGCCCGUCCAGGUACCGAGGGAAAAGUACGACAAGAUUGUCGAGGGCAGAAAUCGCUUCUUCGUGACGUCCAUCGGCAGUGUCGCUGUUUUCUUGGGCAUAAGCGCCCUUCCACAGUUUCUCAUCUAUCGAUGUGUUCGCCGGGUGUACCGAAACUACUGUCACGGGAAGGUGCUUGACCUUUCUCCGAAGCUCUAUGACAAAAAAGACGUAGCGUUGUACGAGAUGUCCAAGGCUGUUCGCGUUGAGUUUCUAAUCGAGGAAAAGGUUGUAGACGACGGUCACUACCGCUUAGAUGAGGCCCUCUCAGAAGGGGAGCAGGAGAAACGGCGGCGUGCCAUGACGCUGGAUUUUAUGGUCCGAAACGAUCAUAACUGGGUGGGCAGCACGGUGAAUUUCACCACCGUUCUGCGUUCAGACACGCAGCUACCGGGCUUUCAAAAGUACGAUUGUGUCCUUCUUCGUGACGAGAUGCUCAACCAGAACGAAAGCAAGGCCCGCAAUCUCUUCGAUUCCGCAGCGCAGUACGUAAAGGAGGAUGGGGUGUUUCUCGUCAUGGAUGUCGGGAAGUCAACGUACCCGAAACUGAUCAAGCUGGCUCGCUGGUUCAGCAAAGCCACAAAUAGCAGUAUGUCUUUCGUGCACGACUAUCACGGGUGGAUUCGUGAGAGCAUGCUGUACGAUAUCAAGGAGGAGCAGAGAUGCCUUUUUGGUUUCUACUACACCCUUGUUCUUCAGCCGCGGAAGGCGGCCCCGGCGAUGCCGCAGAAGACGACAAUGCCGAUCGCAGAGGUGAGGGAGCCACAACAGCCGUCGCGUGGAACGAGCGCAUCGUAG